AUGGGUAUCUCCCAAACAGUUUUCAAAUUCCUCAGUAGCCAAAAGAAAGCAAUUGGUUACAGUUUGAUGGGACUGCUAACAGUGGGAAGUGAGCAUUUAUUUUCUCUUUCUGCCUUUAAAUGUCCUUGCAGCAACAAAAACUACACGUAUGGGCUGGUGUAUCUCUUUGUCCCAGCCUUGGUACUACUAUUUGUUGGGUUUGCGUUGAAUGGCCGUACCUGGCAGCUCUUCACAGGCUGUUGUGUGAACCCCAGGAAACGAUUUCCCAACGGGAAUAGCUGCCAUUUUUUUCAUGCCUUCGGUGAGAUCACCUUUAAGGCUUUUGUAGCCCCUGUGAUGUGGCUUUCUGUGGUUUUGCUCAAUGGGACUUUUUAUGAAUGUGCCAUGAGUGGCUCAAAAAAUCUGAAGUACCUGGAGAUGCUUUGCCACAAUAAAUCCAACAAGUGCUUGGAAGAGCUUCCCAAAGUAGCAUGUGGCCAAACUUCUCUGUCCUCUUGGGAGACUGAGGAGAUCCUACUAACACUUCAAGCGGAAUCUCAGGUCAUAGGGUGGUGUGUGAUAGUUUCUGCUGCUUUUCUGUCUUUGUUGAUCACUUGUUAUGGUCACUGCCAAUCUAAUACCAGCCAUCUCCAAAAGAUGUUUUGGAAGAUCUACACUGAGAAGGAGAAGGAACAAUUUGAAAAAUAUUUUGAGGACUAUGCCACCAAAUUGAGCGAACAAAAUCUGAAAAGCUUUUUUGAGAACAAGAAACUGGAACCCUUUCCCAUGCCAAGUUUCCGGGUCUGGGAAGAAGCUUCUGCUUUGGACUCUUUCAACAUUAACCAGAAGAUCUUCAGCACACUUCAUAAACUAGUGGAAGACAGCAUGAAAGAAAAUGAUUCCAGUGAGGCACAAGAUACAAUGGUAAACUUAGGUGAAGGAGAAACAGUUUAGCUAA